AUGGCUAAAGGAAGUUCGGAUAAAGACAAUGGAUACGGAAACAUCGUAGUUUGAAUCGGAAUUGAGUGAUGACGUGUUUGAGAGGACAUCUACAAGUUUGUCGAUAUGUUGUCAAGACUCCCAUUUGACGACUCCAAUAGCUCCAAUUGCACCGUAUGAGAUUUUGGCGACAAUUCUUCAAUGAGAUAACUGAAAAACAGGCGUACUGGUUGAUGGGCGACUGUUGUCGAUGUGGUCCGAAGAGAACUCUAUUCAUUGAAAGUCCCGAAAGAUUAUACUCCAGAAACAACUUCUACAAUGAGAAGAUCCCUGGAAUCUCGGCUCGCUUGGCUCGGAAGACAGAGUUAUGUUUUCCGUUCUUUGAAGCAACUCGAGACUGUCACACACAAUGCAACAAUUCGGACGUUUUUUUGGAAGGAUGGCUCCGUGAGCAGCUCAACAGGAGGAAACGACGGAUUUUGGAUUAAAGACGAGCUCCAUGCAGGCGCAUAAAC